AUGUUUUUCACCCCAAGACUGCCGUUUUUCCGCAUCGCUUGCUACCAGGUCAUCUGUGCGUCGCGGCCGUUGCCGUGCCACCGAUUCCCUCGCAGUGGGGGGACGUAUGAUCGAUGGAGCGACGAACGCCGCGAACCACUGAGCGGCUUGCCAACCGGUUACCAAUACCUACUUCCGAGCCAACUUUUAAUCGAAGCGCUCUCCGUCGGUCGCUUACGCUGGUGA